AUGUUCAAAGUUGUGUGCCUCCUGGCCCUCGUUGCCGUCGUUGCUGCCAUGCCAAAUGGAGCACCAGCACCAGGAUUCCAUGGUCCGGUUCCCAUGGGUAAUGCCCCCCUGAGACGUAUCAUGAAACGUGAGGCGCCAACAUCGAACCAGCCUGCUCCAGAGCAAUCUAACGGAGAUGAGCUUGUGAGUGCCGCUGAAGGAAAGGAUGAUAUGGACAAGUCGGAGACGUUCGGAUUCGGUUACCAUCAUUACUAUCCGAGAUACUACGGUGGUUAUCACUAUCCGAGCUACCACUACCCGAGCUACCAUUACGGUUACUAUCCCAGCUAUUACAGCUACGGUCACUACUGGUAAUUGGAGUGAUUUC